AGGCAGGUCGCACAGCAAAAUCUCUCCCCCUUGACAUCGCAUUCCUUACAUUCAUACUUGUGAUUUGGCAAGCCGCACCAACAGGUCCGACCAGAUGGUGGGAGGAGAGAGUGAGAGGGAAGUACACAGGGUGAGAGAGAGCGAGAGAGAGAACGAAGGACAGGAGCGAACUGGAAUAAGACGACAGAGGGAAGAGAGGAGAGAAGAGGGGGAAGGCAAUUAAAAAAGUGUUGGACUUCACAGCUUCACGGUAUGAUUAUUUAUGUGGACAAAAAACAAAUCAGUCUUGACUACUGGUGAAUGACAUACUGAUACAACUAUACAGAAGAGAAUUUUCUUCAUUAUGAAUGAUGCGAAAGGGAGCGAGAACAUCAGAGGAGGCCACAGCUCCAAGAUGACACAGCAGAACAAAAUACCUCAGGCUGAGAGGAAGAACAGGUCCAUGCGUCGAAGCAGGAGCAGCGAUGCAGGCCUGGGUGAGAGGAACGGACGCAAGAUGGAGCAGGACCGAGCAGAGAGGAGGCAGCGUGGACGGAGCGAGGAACGCCGAGGGUCGCGGGUCUCUGGGAACAGGGGCCGUGACGAUGGCACGGAGGACACGGAGUGCAUCGUGUGCUUCUGCCCUUACGACAACGUCUUCAAGGCCCCGAAGAUCCUGGCUUGCGGACACACGUUCUGUCUGGAGUGCCUGGCCCGCAUCAACGUGUCGUCCGUCGAGCUGAAGUCCCUGGCCUGCCCCAUCUGCAGGGGGCUGACCGAGCUUCCCCAUGGCCGGGACCUGCCGCAGCUGGACAACAACAAGGACAUUUUCAGCAGGCUGCCCCCAGAAAUGCAGCGGGCACUGUCUGUGCGCUUUCAGCGCAGUAAGGGCAAGCUCGUCCUGAAGAAGCCCCCCGCAUUCAACAAGCCUGCCGCGUCCAGCCUCGCUCUGCCCAAUUUCAAGAAGGAGAAGAAGGAACACCAGGCCCAAGGCAACCUGCAGUUUGGGAACCUAGAGGCAGGGCUUGACCAAGCCACCACCGUCGAUGUGGGUCGCCCCCCUAGCAGGGUAAGAACCCGCCUGCGCCAGAUCAUGCGCUCCAACCACUGCUAUUAUGCGGUGGUGGCGGCCAUUAUCAUAAUAACGGUCACCCUGAUGCUGGUGGGGAUCCUGGCAUUUGUUGUGAUGCCAUUGGCCCCAAUGGGCAACCAAAUUAAUACCGGAAACACAUCGAACGAGCACCGUCCAUGAAGGAGCGAAAUGGAAACGGGGGAAGUGAAACAGAUUGGAAAGUGUAACAUGCAAAUGUUCUGCAUGUGGAGGUCAGGAAGAGUAGCAAACGGGGCAAGGAGUUCUGCUGUUAUCACUUUCCAAAAGAACACUCAGGCAGUGUAACCUUGAGGGACUGCGGAACUAUACGGAAGCUGGGGACUCCACACGCAUCAAUGAUUAACGCAGAAACAACCCGAAUACAUCAACACCAUUAAGAAUUAACAAGGAACACAGAAAAUGACAAAGAAAGAAAGAAAGAAAACUGUCAUGCCAGAAAAAUUGUACUGUAACAUUUUAAUUAACUGGAUAUUUUUUCCCUUGGUGUUCCUUGUGGUAAAAGUCUUCUUAUGGCGUAAUGGGAAACAUUGCACUUCAUGGACAAAGUUUGUAGUUACAUAAAACAAAUGUAUAAACAAGAAGAAUGAAAAGGGGGGAAUGGUACCUGAAGACUGUGACCGAAUACAUCGACACCAUUAAGAAUUAACAAGGAACACAGGAAAUGACAAAAAAAAAAAGAAAGAAAACUAUGAUGCCAGAAAAAAAGGACUGUGACGUUAAUGAACUGGGGUUUUUUUUUCCUUGGUUUUCCUUGUGGUAAAAGUCUUCUUAUGGCCUAAUGGGGAAACUGCGCUUCUUGGAGAAAGUUCGUAGGUAAAUAAAACAAAAGUAGAAAAAAAGAAGAAUGAAACGGGGGAAUGGUACCUGAAGCUGGUCAUUAGGUUGAUUUGAGUUUCCAGAUCUUCAUGCACAUGCACUAUUACCCUAAACUACACCUCAGAAUUUGCUGUGAAUGGGCAGCUGUUACCUUGUGCAAAUGCCCCGAGACAGGCUAGCUCUGUUCUCCACGAUCUACCGGCACUAACUGUGCACUGCACUUUAUAUUCCAUGUUUUACUUAAUUGUUUAUGUAAAUAGAUACGUGAAAUUAUUGUACUCUUUGAAUAAAAAAAAAGGUUAAAAUUGA